ACUACCCGUAGUUCACGUCAUCAAACCAAGACGACCCGAACAGCAUGGAGGAGCUCGCUCGCUGAAGAAUUUUUGACCUUUGGAAGUUUUUCCUUUCUCAUAGUGUCGGGUCAGGUAUUGCUCUCCAGAAUGUCGGUCAAGCAGGCAUCAGUCCACGCCAAAUGGAUCAUUGGCAAAGUAAUAGGGACCAAGAUGUUCAAAACUGCCAAAGUGAGAGUCACAAGGCUGGUGCUGGACCCUUACCUACUCAAGUACUACAACAAGAGGAAGACUUACUUUGCCCAUGAUGCUUUGCAACAGUGCACCGUGGGAGAUAUCGUACUUCUCAAGGCUCUACCUGAACCCAGGUCCAAACAUGUGAAACAUGAACUGGCUGAGAUAGUGUAUAAAGUAGGUCGGGUGGUCGACCCACUGACGGGAAAGAGUGUGGCAGGAACUGAGUUCAUGGAGCCACUGACAGACCUCCCACUCAGCCUGGGAGAGGAGACGACGUUAACAGAAAAACUGCAGGAGCUCAACAUCUCUGCCGCCUCCAGUGAAGCCGACUCUCCCCCAACACAAACUCCCACUUCAUGAUAGAAAACUCUGUUCUUCCGUGCAGUAAUGUUAGCUUAAACACAUGUUUCUGUGUCAGGUGUUCAUGUAAAUAUAAGUUUAUAAACCAGUAAUCUUGUCGUAUAAUAUGCACGGAUGGACAGCAUGAAUACAUUUUCCUUGCUGCCUGCUCAGGUAGAUUGAAUUCAAGACACGUUUAUGAAGAAUUUACAAUAAAAUGACAACAAAAAUGUGCAGCGUCAUUCACAAAUGUGAACGUGUCCAAUGUGCCCAUUUCUGCUCCCAGACUAAGGAUCUGUGAUCUCUGUCAUUACAAAGUCAUAAUAAAACAUUAAUACUUAUGUUCUGUA